UGAUGUGUAGAUACCAGAGACAGUGACAGAUACCUCUGACCGAAUAACGUCUCCCUGGACAUAGCUAGAUGUGUGUUUAGCCAGAUACUUCCUACAUAAUGGAUUUCAACGUGAAGAAAUUAGCUUCGGAUGCUGGAGUGUUUUUCACACGAGCUGUACAGUUCACAGGGGAAAAGUUCGGACAGGUAGAGAAGACUGAGCUGGAUGCCCAUUUUGAGAAUCUGCUCAGCCGUGCCGAUUCCACAAAAAACUGGACAGAGAAAAUCUUCAGGCAGACAGAGGUUCUGCUGCAGCCAAACCCAAUUGACCACACUGGUGCCAGGAUUGAGGAGUUCCUGUAUGAGAAGCUUGACAGAACGGUUCCAUCCAGACCAAAUAAUGGAGAACUACUGGGUCAUUACAUGCAGGAUGCGGCUAAAGAUUUUGGACCUGGAACUCCAUAUGGUAGCACCCUGAUCAAGGUAGGUGACUGUGAGAGGAGACUAGGCGGUGCACAGAGAGAGUUCCUACAGACCUCCGCUAUCAGCUUCCUUGCCCCACUCAGGAACUUUCUGGAAGGAGACUGGAGGACCAUCUCAAAAGAGAGGCGUCUCCUGGAGAACCGCAGACUGGACCUGGACUCCAGUAAAGCACGGCUGAAGAAAGCCAAACUAGCGGAGUCCAAGGCGGCGUGUGAGGGAGAAGCUGUGCCUGAUUUUCAGGAGACCAGACCCAGGAAUUAUGUCCUCUCUGCCAGUGCAUCUGCGCUCUGGAGUGAGGAAGUGGACAAAGCAGCGCAUGAACUUCGAGUGGCCCAGACAGAGUUUGACAGACAGGCAGAGGUCACACGACUCCUGCUGGAGGGCAUCAGCAGUACACACGUGAACCACCUGCGCUGCCUGCAUGAGUUUGUGGAGGCACAAACAGCCUACUACAAGCAGUGUUACCUGCACAUGCAAGACCUGCAGAAAGAGCUGGGCAGUUCCAAUGGAGAUGUGUUUCCCAACGCGUUUGCUGGUAACCCGGGUCUCUCCAUGGCCUCCGGUGGCUCCUCUCCCCAGGGGAAUGCCACCCUACCCCAGGACGCUGCCAGCGCUGUGGAGACAGACACACUGAAAAUCGAAGAGGUACAGGCCCCCGCCACAGGCACACGCAAGGCCAAGGUCCUGUACGACUAUGACGCUGCCGACACCAGUGAGCUCUCCCUACUGGCUGACGAGCUAAUCACAGUUUACACAGUGCCAGGCAUGGACUCUGACUGGCUCGUUGGCGAGAGAGGGAACCAGAAAGGGAGAGUGCCUGUCACAUACCUGGAGCUGCUCAGCUAAAGAAACUACACUCAAAGAAAUACAUGGAGACACACACACACACACACACACACACACACACACACACACACACACACACACACACACACACACACACACACACACACACACACACACACACACACACAAUUGCACUCACAUGCCUUCAAACAUGCAGACGUUGACGAAUUCAAACAAGCAAACACACCCACUGUACAUUCUGUACGCACCAGGACUGCAUGAAAUCAUUGGUAAUUAUGAAGGCAAAUGCCCUACAUUGAAUAUGGAGGAAUGGUUACCUUGGCUGAAAAUUCUGAAUUGUGAGAUGUUUAUAGAUUUUAAUUUCACCCUGCUUCUCACAGCAGGACAAUAAUCCUGCAGCUACAAGACAUGUAAAUGAUUAUGUGGAUUAUAAUUAAGGGACAUGUUUGUAGGGGCUGAUACAUUUUUUUCAAUAGGGCAAAUCAAGUCUGACAUUUUUUAAGUGGAAAUUACAAACUUUAGAAGCCUUUUUAAAACUUGAAUACACUACAAUUUGCAUUUCCUGCUCUGCUGGAAAAUUCUCUGCGACAACGGAGUGGCCAAAUUAAGAUAGCAGACCUGUACAUACUGAAAUCCCCUGUAUUAUUCAGGCUUUUUGGUUUUAUUUUAGGUGACCUUUCACAGCAGGUGUGAAGCUUCAUACAGCCUGCCCACUCACUAUCACCUGUUUAAACUAUAUGCACCAAUGCACCAAUUUUUUCCAUUCCAUACACCCUGUGCACCUGUAGUUAGACCACAUUCCUAUAAUGUAAUUUUCCUCUAACACUACCUGGAACUGAAACAUUUCAUGGUCGUAUGCCCUGCUUAACGAACUGGGAAUGUAAUCACUCUUACAGCAAAUAUUUGAAGCACUCCUAGUUGUUUACUAGAUGCCUUACAAUGAUGCGAGAGAGCUGUUUCCAUCUGCUAUAACUAAUAGAAUGUAUUGUACACACCACAAUGUCCACACACUCCUGUUUGCUUGGACACUUCCUUUGAAGAAGACAGGCCAGAUCUAACACAGAACAUACAUUUUGGCAUGCAAGACCAUAACUUGUUAUCAUUUAAGUAUCUGUGAUUAGCUAUAUUCCCAUUUGUCCCUUUUUUUAGUUUGCUCUUUUGCUCUUCUGUUUCUUAAACAUGUUACUGUUCCUUCAGUUGUCUUUGUUUCUUUUUAGUAAAAUGUUUGUUUGAUCUGAUGUCUUUUCUGUGAUCAAGUCUAAGUGUCUUCAGACAGGACCUAGGCUGCUGCAUGUGCUACUGGCAGGAGUUGGUCAGAGUGUUCUGUCCACUGAAAAGCCUCUUUAAAAAAAAAAAAAAAAAAAUGUAAUCCAAAGUUUUAAUGGUUGUAUUUAUUUAUUUAUUUUAGUACCAAAGCAAACAAGUAUAUGCAUGCAAUUCUGAAUUGAGACCAACCCUGGUUUGUACCAUUGCUGCUGUGGCAUGUCUUGUUUUGACCCUUUUCUGCCUUUUACUGUCAAUGUAUUUAUUGCCUGUUAACAAGCCAUGCUGAAUGAAUGAAAAUAUGUAGGAUGUAAUAAAAAAAAGUAUGCUUUAUUUGGACACAA